AUGGAACACUUUACAAUUUGUCCUCAUUGUAGAAAUAAACAUUUGCAUUAUCCUUUUUGUGAAGAUUUAGGAACCAAAAUUAAACAAACCAUGGAUGAUGGAGGCGACAGGACAAUUCCUGACACUGAAAUUUUUAUACCAGGCUUUUAUGAAGUUAAGAAAGUGGAACAAGACUUUUGA